AUGCCGCGUAAAGUUACCGAUACCCAGUCGAGUGUUUCAAAAACGAGCUCUCCCAAAAAACAGUACAAGAAGUCUUUUGAUGCGAAAAAAGACCAGCUCGCGACGGACUUUCUCCAGCAGCUUGACUCCCGAAUCACAGAUGGCAAGAUUGGAGAACUGACCGAAUCAACGGGAGGAGUCAAGAUUGUGUGGAGCAAGACUCUCAAGACAACAGCCGGUCGGGCAAGCUGGAAGCGAGAGACGGUGAGCUCGAAGCAAAUCAAGGACGGCGUCAGCGUGGAGGUGAAACAGUAUCGACACCAUUCAUCGAUUGAGCUUGCCGAGAAGGUUAUUGACGACGAGCAGCGCUUAUUCAAUGUCAUAGCGCAUGAAUUUUGCCAUUUGGCCAAUUUCAUGAUCAAUGGCAUCAAAGACAACCCUCAUGGGAAAGAGUUCAAGGUCUGGGCCGCAAAGUGCUCCAAGCUGUUUGGCUCACAGGGCAUCAAGGUUACCACCAAACAUACGUAUGAGAUCGACUUCAAAUACGUAUGGACUUGCACGGCAUGCGGUUGUGAGUACAAGCGCCACUCCAAGAGCAUCGAUCUCAAGAGGCAUCGAUGUGGUAGUUGCAAAGCUGCACUUGAACAGACAAAACCAGCACCGCGGCAAGCCUCGACCGCUGGUAAAUUGAGCGACUACCAGCUGUUUGUCAAAGAGCAAAUGAAGAUUGUUCGAAACGAGAACCCCGACAGCCAGCAAAAGGACGUUAUGAAGAUGAUUGCGGAUAAAUGGGCCAAGGCUAAAACUAGUACGGAUUAA